ACGUGUUGCCAAAAGAAUUAGCAUUUUACAUGGUAAUUACAAUUCAACUUAAUCUCGCUGGCUCAUCAGGCGACUACAAAACCGCAGCACAUGCUCCCAUGAGCUGUGCGUUUCCUUAGCCUAUGCUCCAUUCAGACCCCCUUUUCAUUUUUGGGAGAGACCGUUUUGUGAAUUUAUGAAUUUCAUUACUGCUAUAGCUCAUACAGAUCAGCCUUACUCUUAUUAGUCAUUGCCUUGUAGACUGAUUCUGAUUCUGGGUACUUAUUCUUUGCCUUCUCUUGGGUUUUUAGAUUCAAUAAAAAGGUGGGCAUUUCUCACAACUGAACAGCCUCUAUUGACUUGAUCGAGAUUAAGGCCCACAGUGAUUGUAGAUUCAAUACUCCAACUUCUUCUACCUUUUGAUUGAAUCUGGGAGAUGGGUCAGUUCGGAUUCUUGAUUUCGUGUUGAAUCGGGGGAAGUGAUCCGUGAAAAUGAGGCGGCGGCCUGCCGACUUCCGUCGCCCGGUUCGACGGAGGUUUACGCAUUGGAUCUGGGCGCUUUUUGGGGUUUUUACAAUCGUAGGACUCGUUUUGUUUGUAGUUCAUCACAACCAGAGUGAAGAUCGCAUCGAACAGCCCCUCCUGGAGAGAAACUCAAGAAUUGAACAAGUUGCUCAUGACAGAUUAAAUUUCACCGAAGAAAUAUCGAGUGCCACAUCGUUUUCCCGACAAUUAUCGGAGCAAAUCACACUUGCGAAAGCUUAUCUUGUUAUUGCCAAAGAGCAUAGCAAUCUUCAUCUUGCUUGGGAGCUGAGUUCUAAAAUCAGAAGUUCUCAGCUAUUGCUUUCAAAAGCUGUGAUGAGAGGGGAACCCAUCACUCUAGAGGAAGCAGAACCCAUAAUCAAAAGCCUGUCCGCUUUAAUAUUCAAGGCUCAAGACACUCAUUACGAUAUUUCAACGACAAUAAUGACAAUGAAGUCUCAUAUUCAAGCCCUUGAAGAGCGGGCGAACGCUGCCACGGUCCAGAGCACAGUGUUCGGGCAACUUGCAGCUGAAGCUCUUCCUAAGAGUCUUCACUGCUUAAAUGUGAAACUCAUAGCUGAUUGGAUGAGAUAUCCUUCCUUUCAAGAACAGGCAGAUGAAAGGAGAAACUCCCAGCGUGUCGUGGAUAAUAAUCUCUAUCAUUUUUGCAUAUUUUCGGAUAAUGUCUUGGCGACGUCUGUUGUUGUCAAUUCUACUGUUUUGAAUGCUGAUCAUCCAAAACAGUUGGUCUUCCACAUUGUCACAAAUGAGAUCAACUAUGGAGCUAUGCAGUCUUGGUUCCUUAGUAAUGAUUUUAAAGGAUCCACAAUAGAAGUUCAGAAGAUUGAGGACUUCUCUUGGCUAAAUGCCUCUUAUGCUCCUGUUCUGAAACAAAUGCUCGAUCCAAAUACACGAGCGUAUUAUUUUGGAGGGCUUCAAGAUUUGGCAGUUGAACCGAAACUGCGGAACCCGAAGUAUCUGUUGCUGUUGAACCAUCUUCGGUUUUACAUUCCAGAGAUCUAUCCACAGCUAGAGAAGGUAGUAUUUCUUGAUGAUGAUGUUGUAGUCCAGAAAGACCUCACGCCACUAUUUUCUCUCGAUUUGCAUGGAAACGUGAAUGGAGCAGUUGAAACCUGCCUCGAAGCAUUUCAUCGUUACUACAAGUACCUGAAUUUCUCCAACUCGAUCAUAAGCUCCAAGUUCGAUCCACAGGCAUGUGGAUGGGCCUUUGGAAUGAAUGUUUUUGAUCUCGUUGCAUGGAGGAAAGCAAACGUAACUGGUCGGUAUCAUUACUGGCAGGAACAAAAUGCUGACGGUUUGCUUUGGAAGCCAGGAACUCUUCCUCCUGGUUUAUUAACCUUCUACGGGCUAACGGAGCCACUAGACCGGAGAUGGCAUGUCUUAGGAUUAGGAUAUGACCUGAACAUCGACAACCGGUUGAUCGAGAGCGCAGCUGUAAUUCACUUCAAUGGAAACAUGAAGCCAUGGAUGAAGCUGGGCAUAACAAGGUACAAACCUCUCUGGAAACAUUAUAUAAACCAAAGCCACCCUUAUUUUGAAGAUUGCAUUACAAGUUAAAAGUGAAGUACUACUUUCAUUUGGCACUUCCAGUACCUUUCACCAAUGCUUUCAUUGUAGAUUCAAAAAGUAGACAAUUUUGAGUAUGUUAGGAGGUUUUGUUUUCUCCGCCCUUGUUUAUUGAGAUCAGAAAAUUGAAUGUUCUUUUUU